AUGGUUGCUUCAGGAGUUGCUCCAGAGUAUCCAAACUACAUCAAGAAUCCAAUCAAAUGGCUUCGUUAUCAUUCACAUUGGAGACCACAUUUAUUCUAUUCAUUAAUCAUUGGUUUAACUUUUCCAAUAUUAGCUAUUGCUGGAACUCCAUUAAGAAGAAAGUAUUGGUAUUCUGAUCAUGUUCCAUUACCUAAUGGGUAUCCAAGUAUGUGA